AUGAAGAACAUUCUUAAGAAGCUUCAUAUAAUGUCUAAUAAUCAAUCAGAAGAGGCACAGGGUGAAAGGAGUGGUAAAGUCAAUGAUGCUUCAUCUUCGUCUCCUACUACGCGAAAGAAGCUUUCUAAUUGGUUGCAGUCAGUUUCUUCUACUAAUAGGCAGAGUCCAUGCAGUCCUCCGUCUCCGAAUUUGGCUAGAGGGGAGAGAGUGGAGCUGUCUGAUUCUGUGAGUUUGGAUAUGGUUUGUGAAUCGGGGAAGCGUGAUUCGGAGUCUAGCAGUUCAAGGGAUCCUGAAGUGGAGGAGGAAUAUCAGAUUCAGCUUGCUUUAGAGCUGAGUGCAAAGGAGGAUCCUGAGGCUGUGCAGAUUGAAGCUGUUAAGCAGAUCAGUUUGGGAUCUUGUGACCCUGAUAAUACACCAGCCGAAGUUGUCGCCUACCGAUACUGGAAUUACAAUGCUCUUGGUUAUGAUGACAAGAUCUCAGAUGGUUUCUAUGAUCUGUACGGUGUCUUAAACGAGUCAACCUCGACAAGAAUGCCUUCUCUUAUAGAUCUGCAAGGAACGCCAACCGUAAAUGAUGUAAAAUGGGAAGCAGUCUUGGUCAAUAGAGUUGCCGAUUCCAAUUUGUUGAAACUUGAGCAAAAGGCCGUGGAGCUUGCAAUGAAGUCAAGAGAAGAUUUUGAAAUAGUUGUAGAUAGAAACUUGGUGCACAAGCUUGCAAUACUAGUGGCUGAAUAUAUGGGUGGAUCAGUUGAAGAUCCUGAAAGCAUGUUAAGAGCAUGGAGGAGUCUUAGUUUCAGUCUAAAAGCGACUCUCGGUAGCAUGGUUUUGCCUCUUGGUUCGCUGACCAUGGGAUUGGCUCGGCAUCGCGCAUUGCUAUUUAAGGUAUUAGCCGAUAGUUUGGGCAUCCCUUGUCGGUUGGUGAAAGGAAUGCAAUAUACCGGUUCUGAUGAUGUGGCAAUGAACUUUGUUAAGAUUGACGAAGGAAGGGAGUACAUUGUUGACCUCAUGGCAGCUCCUGGAACUCUUAUUCCAUCUGAUGCAGCUGGUUCGCAUAUUGAGUACGAUGAUUCUUCUUUCGUUGCUAGUCCUUCAUCAAGAGACCAUGAUUCGUCUCGCGUUGCAUCGUUUAGCAGUGGGGUUGGAAGUUCAUCCGGAGAAACUUCGGAGUUUGGGACUUUUGAAAAAGGAAACAGGUACAAGCAUUUUGCCUAUGCAGGGAAGGAAUCUGAUACUGGCAAGGAAGAAGUAAAGAAACCGUUAAAUGAAUUCAAAAAUAUGCCGAAUGUAGAAAAGAUCAAGGCGAGGGAAUCUGUUAGUAGGCCUAAUAAUUAUCCGUACACGCACGGGAGAUCUCCGUCUUGGACAGAAGGGAUCAGUUCCCCUGCAGCACAUAGAAUGAAAGUCAAAGAUGUUUCUCAAUAUAUGAUUGACGCUGCGAAGGAGAACCCUAACUUGGCUCAAAAGCUUCACGAUGUUUUACUUGAAAGCGGCGUUGUUGCUCCUCCGAACUUGUUUUCUGAAAUUUAUCAUGACCAGAUAGGUUCUCAAAAUGAGGCCAAUCCAAAUGAGGACAAUGCUCCAACUGAAGAAAAAGAUGAAUAUAAACACGGAAGUGCGCUGAAAGAAGCCAAGGUUGGCGAUAAUCUAGCUCCUCCUCGAUUUUUGCCUCCGUUGCCUCCACACAGAACUCAUCCCAAAGCAAGUCCUAGCAAUCAGACCGAGCAUCCUAAGUCUGUAGAAGGUUUGGGGACCGGCCUUUCGCUUGAUACAAAGGAAGCUGCUGGACAGCAGAUACAAUCCGAUACAGAAGCAGCACAAGUAAAGUACGGGAAAAACGUCCCGGUUGCUGCUGCUGCAGCGGCUGCGGCGGCUGUCGUCGCUUCUUCUAUGGUUGCUGCUGUGGCAAAGUCAAGCACUGACUCAAACUUUGAGAUUCCUGUAGCGGCAGCUGCUACUGCUACUGCUGCGGCUGUUGUAGCUACCACUGCUGCUGUCAAUAAACAGUAUGAGCAGGGGAGUCGAAGUGACGGAGAUACAGGUAGUGGCGAUGGAGAGAAUAAUGCUUUAGGCGCAAACUCAGAAGGCGAGCGAAAAUCUGAUACAUCAGUAAGUAAUGAUAGCACAAAAUCAGAUUCUGCGCUAGAAGAUGUUGCCGAGUAUGAUAUUCCAUGGGAGGAAAUCUCGAUGGGUGAGCGUAUCGGAAUUGGAUCGUAUGGAGAAGUGUAUCGUGGUGAAUGGCAUGGAACUGAAGUUGCUGUAAAGAGGUUUUUACUUCAAGAUAUCUCUGGAGAAUCACUUGAAGAAUUCAAAAGUGAGGUCCAAAUAAUGAGAAGAUUGAGGCAUCCGAAUGUUGUUCUCUUCAUGGGAGCUAUAACUCGGCCUCCAAAUCUUUCGAUUGUUACUGAAUUUCUUCCGAGAGGGAGUUUGUAUAGAUUACUUCAUCGACCUAACAGUCAAUUAGACGAGCGAAGGCGAUUGAGGAUGGCCCUGGACGCUGCGCGAGGAAUGAACUAUUUGCACAACAGCACGCCAGUGAUAGUCCAUCGGGACUUAAAGUCCCCGAACCUUCUUGUCGACAAAAACUGGGUUGUAAAGGUAUGUGAUUUUGGCUUAUCCCGAAUGAAGUAUAGUACGUUCCUUUCUUCGAGAUCAACGGCGGGAACAGCCGAGUGGAUGGCUCCAGAAGUGUUGAGAAAUGAACUUUCAGAUGAAAAGUGUGAUGUUUUUAGCUAUGGAGUCAUAUUAUGGGAACUAUGUACUUUGAGGCAACCUUGGGGAGGAAUGAAUCCAAUGCAAGUUGUUGGUGCUGUUGGUUUCCAGCAUCGUCGUCUUGACAUUCCAGACAACGUUGACCCUGCGGUUGCAAAUAUUAUUCGACAGUGUUGGCAGACAGAUCCAAAAUUGCGACCUACUUUUGCUGAAAUCAUGGCGUUGCUGAAGCCGUUGCAAAAGCCAAUUACUGCGUCUCAAGUGCAUAGAGCAAAUGCUCACACACCGUCAUCGCGAGUUCCUGAAGAUCCUGAAGCAUAG